AAUUACAGAAAACUAAUGAACACACCAAAUCGAUUCCACAAGAUCUUUUCAAAUCAUCAGACGUCACCAUCCCAUCUUAAAUCUGAUAAGGAAAAUUUGUUCAAGCCUCCGUCUUCCCUAAUCAUUUUCAUCUUCUUUCUCUUCAUCAAUCUCUGUGUUCAACAGAAAAAGAGAGACAGAGACCCAGAAACCAAUCGAGUUUCUUUGACUUCUGGACUCUCUCUCUCUCGCUCUUGUUUGAUGGGUGAAGAGAUAAUCACAAACGAUGAAAACGGCGCAAAGACGAAACCAAGUCCAAAGCUGACACUCUUGCCACUUGUAUUCCUCAUCUUCUACGAAGUCUCUGGUGGCCCUUUUGGUGUGGAGGACUCUGUCAAAUCAGGUGGCGGUCCUCUCUUAGCCCUUAUAGGCUUCUUGAUCUUCCCUAUCAUCUGGAGCAUACCCGAAGCUCUAGUCACAGCCGAGCUCGCCACAAGCUUCCCUGAGAACGGUGGAUACGUGGUCUGGAUCUCUUCCGCGUUUGGUCCCUUCUGGGGGUUCCAGGAAGGGUUUUGGAAAUGGUUCAGUGGUGUUAUGGACAAUGCUCUUUACCCUGUUCUGUUUCUUGAUUACUUGAAACAUUCGUUCCCUGUUUUGGACCAUGUAGCUGCUCGUGUUCCUACUCUAUUAGUCCUCACGUUCUCGCUCACGUACUUGAACUAUAGAGGCUUGCAUAUCGUUGGCUUCUCAGCUGUUCUGCUGGCUGUUUUCUCCCUCUGUCCUUUCGUUGUGAUGGCUCUGCUAGCGGUUCCUAGGAUCAGUCCUAAGCGUUGGUUGUUUGUGGAUUUCAAGAAAGUUAACUGGAGAGGCUACUUCAACACCAUGUUUUGGAAUCUCAACUAUUGGGACAAGGCCAGUACUCUUGCUGGAGAGGUUGAGUCCCCCGGGAAGACGUUUCCGAAGGCUUUGUUUGGAGCUGUUUUGUUGGUUAUGGGAUCUUAUUUGAUUCCUUUGAUGGCGGGGACUGGAGCUUUAAGCGAGUCGGCGUCUGGUGAGUGGAGUGAUGGGUAUUUUGCUGAGGUUGGAAUGCUUAUUGGAGGUGUUUGGCUCAAGGGUUGGAUACAAGCUGCUGCUGCUAUGUCAAAUCUUGGAUUGUUUGAAGCUGAGAUGAGUAGUGAUGCUUUUCAGCUUCUUGGUAUGAGUGAGAUGGGGAUGCUCCCUGCCUUUUUCGCCCAGAGGUCAAAGUAUGGGACACCAACGAUCAGUAUCUUGUGCUCAGCAACAGGAGUCAUAUUCUUGUCAUGGAUGAGCUUUCAAGAGAUCAUAGAGUUUCUCAACUUCUUGUACGCCUUAGGAAUGCUUCUUGAAUUCGCAGCCUUUGUCAAGCUAAGGAUCAAGAAACCGGAACUUAACCGACCUUAUAGAGUUCCCUUAAACACCUUAGGAGCUCUAGUGCUUUGUCUGCCUCCUUCUCUGCUUCUCAUCCUUGUGAUGGUUUUGGCCACCGCAAAGACGUUUUUAAUCAGCGGUGUGAUCAUUGCUGUUGGGUUCUGCUUGCACCCGUUCCUAAAACUCGUGAAGGAGAAACGAUGGGCGAGAUUCAUCCCAGAGGAAACAAGACCAGUUUUAGAAGUUCCAUCUGAGUCGCAGGUGGAUGAUGAAGAACAUGGAGAUGAGUCUUCUGCUAGCCUUCUCCCAUGAACUCCACCUGCACAAGACGGAUCAAUGAAAACAUUGUGAUUCAUUCGCAUGUCUUAAAAAGAGACAUGGACUUUGUAUAGUUUUGUAUGGAUGCAGUUUAUUUACGUCUUGUUCAGGUUUUGGUUUUUAGUACAUACACGAAAAAGGUGUGGUAACAUGAAGGUUUCUGAAUUAAUUUGUCUAAGAUUACCGUA